CUGAUCAGAUAAUAAGAUUACGACGCAGAAGAAUGAGUAGAGACGAUCCGUAUGUCAUUCGACUGAUUGACCUGAGUACUUUAUAAUUGCAUCGUGAAUCUUCUUCGUGAACAAUUUUCACGGAAAGGGGAAAUUUGUGCGCGACGGACCAAAUAUAUUCAACAAUAUCAAGAUGACGCAUAGAAGAAAAAAUAGAUCUGCCAGAAGGAAGCAGUGUGAUCAAUCAUCCAAAGUGUCUUCUCUUGUGGCUGAGACAGAGACUCCUAUACAAAGAGCGCUAAAGUAUAAGAUCGAAGGAAAUGUAUAUUUCAAAUCGAAAAAAUAUGAUGAAGCCAUUGCUGAAUAUACUAAAGCAAUCGACAUUUGUCCCAAGGAGAGUAAGGAUGAACUCGCAACUUUUUAUCAAAAUAGAGCAGCUGCGUAUGAGCAAUUGAAGAAAUAUAGCUCCGGAAAGGCAGAUUGUGCAAAAGCAUUGGAAUUAAAUCCAAAAUAUAUUAAAGCUGUGCUAUGUCGGGCACGUAUAUUGGAGCAAACGGGGAAUUUGGAAGCAGCCUUGAAGGACAUGACUACCGUGUGUAUUUAUGAAGGAUGUUCUCCUGAUUCCCUUGUUAAGGUAGAAAUAAUCUUGAAAAAACUUGGUAAGUUACAUAUUAAAA